AGCCUAGUUCCGGAAGCUGUGUUUCAAGUUAUUGUGUCUGACGACUGUGCCCUUGUAGGGGUAUCUAGACGCUUGUUUGAAUCUUACAUUCUUCGGAUGCUGUAGAGUAAACGGCCAUCAUGAUGAAUACCGGAACAACACCAGCGCCCCCCGAGGUCUAUUCGACGAACUCCAAGCAACUACUGGUGACGAGAGAUCCUGUUUAUGUCCACCCUACCAUCAGACAGGGACACUUUGUGGGCUUGAAACCUCACAACUACCUGUACUUUGCUAUUGUCGCCACACUCAUCAAUCCAGUGAUUGGUGCCGUUGCUAUCGUAUUUGCCUUAAAGUCCGAUUCAGCCUUCAACGAUGGAGACGUCCAUUACGCAACAAAGUGGAGCAACUACGCUUUUCUGACAGGGAUUAUUGGCAUCGUCACAUCUGUUAUUCUCGGUGUUGCGAUAGGGUUCGCACUUGCUGGACCAGGGUUGAGAGGAGGUCACUCAUACUGAGACAAACGUUAUUUUGUUUCGGUGUGUUCAUGGGGCCAUUCAAAUAAUAUGAUCUUUUACUUUUGUACAGUUUUAAUGUAUUUUAUGAAAUCUCUGACAAAAUUAAUAGACAAAAAAAAAAUCAGGGCUCAAUUUUAGUCAAUUGAAACAUUUCUUCACAGAUGAUGUAAAGAUAUAUUCUUAUAGCAUUGUCCCGAUAUUUCCCUCUGAGAUAAUAAAGUAUUAUCUUAUCUGAUUUUUUACCAGCUGCCUGUCAUAAAUUUCAGGAGCUUGUUUUGGUGUUGAAUUAAAGAUAAAAUUGUUGAACCUCAGCACUUUUUCUUUCAUGUUUAGAAGGCAGUUAAUGUUGAUGCACAAUCAAUUUUUUUUUGGUGAGCAGUUGUGUUUUUCGCCAAAUGGGAGUGAGCAAAAGUUGCUCAGGGUUUUUUUGGUUUUUUUAAUUGCUCAGUAAAGGAAA